GCUCACUUGCUCUCACCCUUCAACGGUCCCUUUCCAUCCUUUUCUCUCUCUCUCUUUCUUACUUUCUUUCCUUUUCCCUUCAAUCUCCUUUUCCCCCACCGUUUCGAACCUUUUCUGCCCUCCUCUCAUUUCUCUAACCAAGUCUACAACCUAGCUGUAUAUAUCCCUCCCAUCUUCUCUCACUGGCUAUUCCCCUCACGCAUUCUGACGGCGACUAUCACCUACGACGGCCACUACUACUAAUACGACGCCUUGCAUUCAUUCCCUCAUCCAUCACUCGCCAAAUUUUUCUAUCGCUCCCCAUUCGACAGAUUUCUUGGAUAUCCAUUUGCUCCUGGUUGCCUGCUCGUUGCCCAUAUAACCCCGACACAACCUGGAUGAAUUCUCCACAGUGCCAUGGACCGUGUCUGUCUGCCUCAGCGGUGCGAAAUAGCUCUGUCAUGCGUUCACCGUUCUCGUCAGAUUCACCAUCAGAUGUGUCCACAGAAGCUGGCACUUCGCAUCAGGGAGUCGUGCAUUCACCAGAACAACAACCUUCUUUACACCUCAACCUUCCCUCAUCGUCACUGCCCCGAUCCCUCAUCGGCUCGAGCCGACUCAAGCGUCGAGCUUCACAAGGGUCGAUCCUCACCAAACCUUCCACAGUCUCCCGGUUCCUCACCCGCAGUAGUGCUGCUCUACACCCACCAACCCUCGAUACGGUUGGUUUGUCCACAAGAAUAGAGUCUCCAUCAUCCGAUCUUCGCAUCUCUACCUCUGCCUCCUCUGCCUCGAGUUCGCUGGCGGCUCGAGCAUCCCAAUCCACUUCAGCCUUGUGGGAUCCGACGUCUAAAACAAGCGACUACCCUUCAAAUCUCCCUCCAACCCCACCCUCAGACGACGAGCACAGUAUAGCGUGGAGCCCUCGAAACGGAAUGCUACUCUUCGAAUCACCCAUGAACCGGGAGCCGGGCCCAACGCCCAUGGACGAGGGCCCAAAUAUGGACAACACGUCGGGGAGGGGACAUUCGGACAGCAUUGGUAGUCCGUCUGAACGGCUAUCAAACGCAUCGUCCUCGAGUUCUGGCGACAGCAGCCCCAGGUCCUCAGGUGAUAUGGAUUGCGACCACCCUUCAUGGCUAGAAAAUGGAGUGCAAACAACAGUAUCAUCCCUUCCGUUCUCGGAUGGCCGAGGAGAAGCCGUCAAGAUCGUUUCCCAGAUGCUUCCGUACCCGUGCCCAGCGGAUAAAUCAACCAGCUCUCAAAGUGAAGAAAGUGUCUUUUGCUCCAUUAUCCAGGCCGUCCAGCACCGCCUGCAGCAUGGACAGUCCCCAUACGUCAACAUCACACACGCUGUUCCGGAGCAAUUCAACGUCUCAAAUCUUCCCCAUUCUCCUCCCAACACGCCACGGCCCCUUUUCCCCACAGAUGAUUAUUUCCGGCCAACUGCUGUCUUUUCCAGCGCGGCCGUAGUAUCCGCUUACCACGACUUCCGGGGCCCUAUUCAAGCAAAAUCCCCGCAUUUUCCUGUCCCCGUUGUACCCCCCUUCAGCGUCCAUGUCUCAGUUCUGGAACGAUACCUUCCCCCAUCAUCAUAUCAAGAAUACAAAGACCUUUUCUCCCCUCAUCGGCCGUCAUUCUUGGUGGAUCGACUGAGCGAGCUCUCACCAGAUGGCGGCUCACUCCUCUUCAUCUACCCCACAAGACGGGGUGCCUCAACCUUCAAGUCACAGUACCUUGGGCCCAUCCUUGAUCCGUUACUUCGACAACUGGUGGUCGUCAAUGAACUGUCCGCUGAAAUCAGUCGGUAUCUUGGCAAAGUUUCAUCGGUCGCUCACAUGGAUGACUUUGACACGAUGCGUGAGAACCUCGAGCGGCUCUGCUGUGAGUUGAGUUCGUCGUCAUCGCGAUUUGAUGUCGUCGAUGCACGCAAGGGUAGCAUUCGUCUUGACCGCAAACUCUGGACCGAGUGGUAUAUCCACCAAGACAAGGCUCGUAUGAAGGAGGUGAUCAGCCUCUACUGGCAGAAUAGCCGCCGUCUCCCGGCAGCCAAAUCAGUACCAAACACUGCCACCAAUUAUCUCUUGGAAGGUAAAGAGGUUACAUCUGCCAUGUUGCUCAGUGACAUUCUCGACGGUAUCCGAAGGCGACCGUACGGUGAAGAGAUGGAGCCUAGAGACGGGAUCGAGUUGGGGGUUUUCGUGGUCCGUCGGUCUCACUGAACCCUCCUCUCUCUGCCUCUAUAUAUAUUUUCUUUCCUUCUGUUCUCCUACGUGUUUUUUUUUUUUUUGGAGUUAACCAAAAGGAGGUCAUCAUGGCGUUUUUUUGGCAUCGGGAUAGGUAUAUACAGCUGGCCUAUCAUGGAUGAACUGCAUUACUAUCAUUUAUGAUUGAUAUCAUU